UGUAAUAAAUAUGUACAAAACAGAUGAAUUAAGCCAAUUUUUUCAGAGUUCGAAAAUGGCGGCGCCUGGACGGUCGAGAAAAAAAUCCGCGAAACCAUUUUUUGCCGGAUUAAUUUCAGGAGUGAACAGUUACAGUGAUCUGAAGAAACUUUUCCUAGAUCCUGAAUAUGCUUAUCUAGCUGCUGGCGUUCUCAUCAUCAUAGAGAUUGUAAUAAAUAUAAUUGUUAUAAAUAAAGUGAAGUAUACUGAGAUUGACUGGAUAGCUUACAUGCAGGAGGUUGAGGGAGUAAAAAAUGGAACUUAUGAUUAUUCACAAUUAAAGGGAGAUACAGGUCCCCUGGUGUAUCCGGGGGGUUUUGUGUGGAUUUAUAUGAUUUUAUAUUUUAUAACUUCUCAGGGGAAGAAUGUACUGCUAGCCCAGUACAUAUUUUGUGUACUGUACGUAGUUAAUCUGGCUCUCAUAUUCAGAAUUUUAGUGAAGACUAGGAAGAUUCCUCCGUACUUGUACGUUAUUAUGUCCCUUACAUCUUACAGAAUUCAUUCUGUGUUUGUACUCCGCUUGUUUAACGACCCUGUAGCAGUUCUGUUGGUAUACGCUGCUGUUAAUCUUUUCCUGGACAACCAUUGGACACUUGGAAGCCUGAUGUACAGUUUAGCAGUAUCAGUUAAAAUGAAUAUUCUGCUGUACAGUCCAGCUCUGUUGAUUGCGUACAUAACAGUUCUUGGAUAUAAACAAACAUUUUUCCAGUUGAGUGUGUGUGCUGGAUUCCAAGUUCUGGUUGGGUUACCCUUCCUCCUCCACCAUCCCCUCAACUACAUCAUUGGGGCAUUCAACCUUGGCAGGGUAUUCAUGUACAAGUGGACUGUUAACUUCAGGUUUUUGCCUGAAGAAGUUUUUGUGAAUCGAUAUUUUCAUAUAUCUCUUCUUCUUCUCCACAUCGUCGUUCUUGCCGCAGCUGCCAGAUAUAUGUGGAGAUUUCUGAGUUCUUAUUCAAAACUGAGAACGAUGAAUAUACCAGCUGUCGCUCAGUUGUUGGUUCUCCCUUUCUUUCUCUCCAACUUCAUUGGUGUCAUGUUCGCUAGAUCUCUUCACUACCAGUUCUAUGUCUGGUACUACCACACCCUACCCUACCUGGCGUGGUGCUCAGGGUACCGUGUGAUGACCCGUCUCUUAAUCCUGGGUGUAGUGGAGAUGUGUUGGAACAUUUAUCCGAGCACAGUUUACUCAAGCUUAGGGCUUCACUGCUGCCACCUGGUUCUAUUCUACGGAGUUCUCAAGAAUAUGAUCAAACAAUGCAACUCAAGCAUUCUUACUGUCAAGGAUAGAGGGGAGUAGAAUACUAUGGAUAAUGGAUAUACGCGACAAGGAAUAUCUCUGCGCUCGUAACCUUAAAACAGAUCAAAUCAAAAAUGUUCAGUUUCCUGUUAUUAUGAAGCUAAUUUUACAUAAUUGUCUAACUGUGUUGUUUAGCUAGGAAUUUAAUAUAUUGUGUGAAACAUA